AUGGGGAAACAGAUGCCGAAGAUGUCAGCUCGAGUGGUGAACGCGAUUAAGAACCUGCGCGAGGUUCACGGGUCCACAUCCAAGGAGAUCUUGAACUAUAUCACGUCGCAGCAUAGCGCACCAGAAUCCACCGUACAGAGACAGAUGCAAGCGGCGUUAAAGCGGGGCCUCGACUACGGUAUUCUGAAGAAGAACAACGGCCACUAUUACUUGAACACCGACGCGGAAAUACCACGAAUAGCGCCGUCAGGAGCGUCGCCAGCGGAGAGAACCAGAAGGAGUCGUCGUCGGAGUAGUCAUAGACGAAGCAGGCGUAGACGAAGCGGACGACGAAAGCGUCGCCGUCGAAGCGGCAGGAGACGCGGCCGGACCCGUAGGUCGCGGAGGAGGCGAAGCAGCGGCAGGCGCAGAGCAGCACAAGAGAGGCGGGUAGAAUGCACGAAUUGCAGGUGCAACAAGAGGCAUAGGGACUUAGACAAGCAGUUGCUGAAGGAUACUGCGUUGGAGCCCCAGAACCCUGAAGACGAGGAUUCAUACGCGCCGGGCAAGGAGAGCGACGUGGAUCGCCGCAGCGAAAGCCACGAAAAUUGCAGCCAGUCUGGCAGUCAAUCAUCGGUGAACAGCAAUCGAGACACCGCGAUGGACGAUCAACAGCCGAACGACUCGUGA